GGAUCAAGAGCCUCCAUGCCCGAUUAUACUCGUGUCUUCCAUCUCAUACACUCUCUCGAAUCAUCUUUUCCUCUCAGUAUUAAUACAUGACAGAGCCGUGAGUGACCCUGCGUUAGUGUUAACAAGCAAAAUCAAAAGGAGACAGAGCCUGCAGCUGCCAAGUACUACCACUUCAGAAAUCCAUCCAGCAGGAAGACAUGGCGGCAACGGUGGUACGAGCUCUCCGCCUUAAUUGUCACCUCAAGGCCAUCCACGGCGACCUGCUUCACCGCCGCCGCGUCAUGUCGUCGCAGGCGAGGAAGGUGAGGGAGGAGGACAGGGAGUACUACCGGACGCACAAGCCGUCGCCGCUGGCGGAGGUGGAGUUCGCCGACACGAGGAAGCCGAUCACGCGGGCCACACAUAGUGGCGCGGCGGAUGUUCUUCACGGUAGGAUGGUGCAGGACACGGCGGACGAUUCGCUGGCGCGCGCCGAGGCCAUGUUCCGGGAGGCCGCGUCACGGGGGAACCCGGAGUGGCCACACUCCCGCGCGCUCGCCGAGAUGCUUGCGCGCCGCAAAGAAGCACCGGGAGAUAGCGACGCGCCCUAGGGAAGCUGAUCUGCUUCGUUCGCGCUCUUUCUAGCCAUGGGGAAAUAUGUAGCAUAUGGUUUUUUUUUGGCGAGAAAUAUGUAAGAGCAUCUUCAAAAGUCUAGUCAAAUCUCACUCUCCAUAUUCCUAUUUAGC